AUGAGUGAAGAAAUAGACGAAGGCGAUGGAAUUAUUGGGUGCUUGCCGAGUGUUGUGGAUUUACACCAUAUUGAAGAGCUCAAUGAACUAAUAAAUCGACUUCCCGGCUUUUUCAAAACUAAUGAAAUCGACGAGACUGCUGUUGAAAUCGCAUUCGUUCGAUUUUCACGAAUUAUUCAUCUUUAUCAAGAACAGCCACGUUUAUUGGACAAAUGGAUUCCCGAUUUAGUUGAAAUUCUUGUUAAUUAUGUUAAUUUAAUAGGAGACAAUGAUCCGUUACGGAAAGAAGUCGACAGAGUUACCCGAGAAUCGCUGAACUAUAUUUCUGAAUUGUUUAUUGUUCGAGGAUCUAAAACAAUAGUUCGUCUCCUGCCCCAUCAAGUUCAUCUAUUGGAUCCUCUUCUAAGGACUCUGGAAUGGUAUGAAUCAAGCUCUCUACCAGAUCACAAUCAACGGAAUGUACUGCUCAUGUGGCUUUGGAUUGUUGUCAAAAAUCCAUUUGAUUUACGACGAUUUGAUCCAACUGGCGACCCGGAUAAUGUUAUAACGAGGAUUAUGAAUGUAGCAUUGCAUUAUAUGAAAUGGGACUGGAAUCGAACUCUGACAUCAGCUGCUCUUGUCAUCGCACAAUGCCUCUCUAGAACCGAUGGAUUACCAAAAGUUCCAAGUUUUCUCUCCCGGUUACUUGACAGUAUAAAAACACAUCAUGAAUCGAAGAAACUCCUUCUCGCAGAUAUUCUUCUUCUUCUCGCAAUUCUAAAACACGUAGAUCGACAGAUUCUUGUGAAUUACCUGCCAACAAUGUAUGAACAACUCAAAUUCCUUUAUCCAAUCGAUGAGAAAAAGGGCGGUCUCAUUUGUAAAUGCCUCGUCAAAGUGGUACAAAGAAUAGGAUUAAUCGCAUUGAAACCACGAACAUGCAAAUGGAGUUAUAGUCGUGGAAAGAGAUUAUUAGAAGGAAUGUUGGGUGAAGAAACGGACAAUUCUGACACUACUGCUGAGGUGGGACCAGAACAGAAUGAAAUGAUAGAAGAAUCAGAGCCCGAAGAACUGGAGAAUUCCGAGAUUGUUGAAUGGUCUUUGAUGCAUGUGUUAGAAGCUCUCAGUCAUUCUGAAACGGCAGUGAGAUGGUCUGCAGCCAAAGGAGUUGGAAGGAUCACAGUCAGAUUACCCAGCAUAGACUUAGCUACUCAAGUAGUUGGAUCAAUUAUUGAAGGUCAUUUUGGAGAAGUUGCCGAGUUCUCCUCGUGGCAUAGCCAUGGAGCUUGUAUGGCUAUUGCUGAACUUGCUCAUCGCGGAGUUCUUUUGCCAAAUUUUCUGGAAGACGUCGUACCAGCACUUGAGUUGUCUUUAGUGUUUGAAGAUGCUAUGGGAAAACAUCAGAAUGCGAAUCAAGUGAGAGAUGCAGCUUGUUACGCGGUUUGGGCGAUUUCGAGAACUUAUAAUCCGAAUAUGCUUUCGCCGUACUUACAGAGAUUGGCGUCGUCAUUGCUUUGCGGAGCUCUCUUCGAUCGAGAAGUCAAUCUCCGACGUGCUGCGUCUGCAGCAUUACAAGAAAUGGUUGGAAGACAGAAGAACGUUGCCGACGGAAUUCCUCUCAUCCAAUGUGUCGACUAUUUCGCUGUGACUAACCGUCAAAAAUGCUACGAACAGCAUUGUGUUCCAGUCGUACAGUAUCCUGCGUAUUCUUCAGUGAUUCUCGGACAUAUUAUCAACAAAAAAGUUGUACAUUGGGACGAAAAAAUCCGUGAACAAGCUGCUACGGCACUGGAAAAAAUCAGUGCAGUGCCACUGGAUCGGAUCAGUGAUGACUACUAUAUUGAGAACCUGGAAAGGUUUCUGAAAAUAAGUUGUGAGCCAAAGACAUCACCGUUGCUGAGACACGGAUACUUGCUUGCCGCUGGUCAUUUAAUAAAAGGAUUGACCUCUCGAGGUGUCGACAUUUCUUCGAAAAUCCCUGAUAUCGCUUCGGUGCCAGAAGUAUUACGGAAGUUAUGUGACAAAACUACUCAACCUGGGGCGCUGAUUCGAAGGACUUUAUGUAGAUUCAUCGAACUUGUUUCUGCAUCGAAAAGAGUUUCAUUGAGUGGUAAUGAGAAGAAUACAUGGAUGGAUGUUGUGUUGGAUCUACUUGUGGAUCCACGAGAGAGCAUACAGACACUGGCAAGAGGUGCUGCGGCAGAAUUUGUGAAGAGUUAUUUGCCGAAUGAUGAAUUAUUGAUUCAAAGGAUAAAAGGGAGAAUCAUCAGCUCGCUCGCCAAAUGUUCCGAAGAAAGUGAACGAGUCGGAAUGGGAAUUCUUUGUGAAGUACUCGAGCCGAAUGCCGUCGAUUAUGAGAUUUUCGAAGCGCUAUGGAACACUAUUCUCAACGCAACACCUCACGAUGCGAAGUGGGCGGUGUCUAGGCAGCAGAUGAUUCUCGCUAUUAAUCAUAUUUCAGUGCAAGCCUCGACAGAAAUGUUCACUAGAGUUGGCGAAAAAUGUUUCGAGACUCUUUACAAAGCUAUGGCCGAUUAUACGACGAAUGCGCAAGGCGAUGUUGGACGAUUUGUCCGAGAAGCCAGCAUGUGUGCCAUGUCAGAUAUAUUGAUUUUGGCGAAGACAGAGCCCACCUUCCUCGAUAAGCACGUUAUUAAAUGUGCAAGACAUAUGGUUCAACAGAGUGCCGAAAGAAUAGGAAGGACUAGAGAGUGCGCCUGUGAAGCUCUCAAAAAGCUGACAGAAUGCGAGAUAACCGGACGACGUCUACCAUACAUCGAUCUUCUUAUGAAAAUCUACGUGGAGCCGAAAGAGUUCAUUUCGGAUCGUACUGUAUUCCAAUUGAAAGCAAUUCUAGACAUUGGUGAUGAAUAUUAUGAGAAUUUGAUUCUUGGAAUUAUUGUAUCGGCUGGUGGUCUGGCGGAGGGAACUCAGAAGUUUUCAAAGCAAUUGCUUUUGGAACAUCAAAGAGAUAUUUGCGAAGAUAAACCUAGAUUCGAUCACUUCCUUGCUACUUGUGCUGCAUUGUUUCAAAAAGGAAAGAAGGUGGCUCGUAUUGGAAACAGUUUCAUGCAAGUUCUUCCACAACUCUUCGGAAACCUCGGAAUUUACGAACUGUGCCCAGAAACUUCGCAUUCUCUUGUGGAAAUGGUUGAAAUAAUGAAGGCAAUCACAGUCAAAUCGUCACUAAUGUCACGACAAAGACUGUCUAUUGAUUCGUUAGGAGAAUUAUUAAAUUGUGGAAAAAAGAGCAACGUUUAUAGGACGGCUUUGAGCAUGAUUCUUGAAACCCUUAACAGUCAACAACCCGUACUCCGUAAAGCGGCUGCCGAACGACUCUAUGAACAUUUAUGUUGUGCUGAAGAGACAGACGAUGACGUCUUGGAGCUCUUAGCAACCACCAAUUGGCAGGAUGAGAAUGAUGUCGUUCUGAAAAAAGUGGUAGCUGGGAUAUCGGAUAAACUCACCUAA